CCCACAUAGAAACCCCACAUAGUAAUGACACCCUCCCCCUUUUUCUUCCCUACAUAACCACACUUCAAGUGAUCAUCAAAAAUCAAAACACAUAUUUGUAACAUCUUAACCUUCAACUACAAUUAAGUUUCUGAAAAAUCGAUACUCGUUUACAAUGAAGAACUACCCGAAAAUGGGAGUUAAAGUGGUGGCGCCGCCCCAUGCAGGUGCCAUCUGGCGGGAAAGACUAGGUUCCGCCUUCAGAACCGCGAUAGCAUGCACCAUAAUUGGUUGCACCGCUCUCUACGGUCCAGACAAUGUCCGAAACCAGAUUCAAUACCCAUCCGUGGCCUACGUGACCGCGAUACUAAUUGUUUCUGACGCAACACUUGGCACCACUUUAAGAGGUUCUUGGAACGCGUUUUGUGCCACCGUGCUAGUGGUUCCCUCGACGUUGCUAUGUUUUUGGGUGGUGGGCCCGUCUAAGUUUACGGAGGCUGGUGCUACCGUGGCGGUGGCUUUGAGUGCGUUUGUUGUGGCCAUUCCCGAGUGUCUUCCGAUACUAACCAAGCGCAUUGCCUUUGCACAACUGGUGAUAAUAUAUGUUGGUGCGGUUGUUCGUGGUGGUGACGCUGGACCCGUGAGCCACCCGGUUCAUAUCGCGGCAUGCACGGCCCUUGGAGCGUCGGGUUCGGUCCUGGCUUUGAUACUACCGUACCCUAGACUGGCUGUAACCGAGGUGAAGAAGCAAUUUCAGACAUAUACAGAAAACGCAUCAGAUAGAAGCAAUCUCUACUUAAAAGCAUUUUUGAGUCAAGACAAGUCAACAGCAGAUGAUCUGAUUGCUCAAGCCGAACCAUUAGCGAAAUCCGGAACCAAGCUCAUUCGCCACAUUAACCGCAUCCAGGAAGGCGUAAAGUGGGAAAGACAUCGCGUUCGCGACUUCAAGAAGAGUUACAUGAAAAUGGGAGAUAGAUUAAACAGCAUUGAAACACCGAUUAAUGGAAUGAAAAUGGCGCUAUCCGCCAUUUCUUCUUUUCCCGUUGGUAUUGUUAACGACGAGUUAAAAACGUACUUGCAAAGCGAACAGGUUAAACAAAUGCUAAAACUCGAGCACGCCAAGUGUUUUGUACCGUAUGAUGAUGCGGUUACUGUUCCCGAAAAUAAAAACCAAUUAUUCGACAAAUCCGUACACCCGAUUACCUCCGUUUCGCCGAACCACAAAAACCUACCCGUGUUUUUCUUCUUGUCAUGCUUUGAACAACUUAUAAACAACUCAACCAUAAACCCUAAACCCGAGUCACUCAACGGUCAAAAAACCAAUAACAUUAACGUAUCCGAAGAAUCAAAAAUCAAGGAAACCAUGACUCAAUGGUGUAAGGAUAGGUUCGUAUUUGCUUUAAAAUGCUCGGUUUCAUUGGGCUUCGCGAUACUUCUCGGCAUGUUUUUCGACAAAAAGAACGGGUAUUGGUCGGGGCUCACAAUAGCGAUCAGUUUCGUAGAAGGAAGACAACCGAUUUUUACGGUUGCAAAUAACCGAAUACAAGGAACAGCAAUCGGUUCGGUUUAUGGUGUACUAGGUAGUUGUCUUUUAAACCAAAUGGCUGAAAUAAGGUUUAUUAUUAUUCUACCUUGGAUUGUUUUCACAAGCAUGUUACAAAACAGUCAAAUGUACGGCGAAAGUGGCGGUAUAGCAGCGGUGAUCGGAGCACUUUUGAUUCUCGGACGGAAAAACUACGGCCCGCCAAGAGAAUUCGCCAUUGCUAGAUUAACCGAGGUUUCCAUCGGGCUUUUUUGCAUGGUUUUGUUGGAGAUUAUACUUCAACCGGUUAGACCAGCAACUUUGGUCAAACGUCAAGUGGCCCGAUGUUUGAGAACAUUAGAUGAAUGCAUAAAUCAAAUUCCGGAUUUUCUUUCGGUGAAUGAAAAGAUCAAGAGACUUAAAUCCGAUAUAAACGGAUUGAAAAACUUGAUUAAAGAUGCGAAAUCCGAGCCUAGCUUCUGGUUUCUACCGUUUAAGGCUUCGUGCUACGAGAACACGCAAGAACGGUUAUCAAAUAUUGUUGAUUUAAUGCAGAUUAUGAUUUAUAACACGCGGUUUAUCGCAAGUAUGUCGCAAAGUUGCGAGGGUGGGCGGAAAGAGCUUCAAGAACACAUUGUGAGCAGUUUGAAUAUUUUGAAGGAGACCACGAGUCCGUGCGUCAAGCGUUUACAGAAGAUAGCUCUGGUCAAGUCAAACGACGUCUUUGACCAAGAGAGUGAAGGAUUCUUUGACUUAGAGUUGGGAAGUCAACCGACUUCCGAAGCAGGUUCCAAACUUGUGGACUCUUUUGUUGAACACAUGGAAGAAGUCAAGGAUACGAUUCAGGGUGACGAAGAGUGCAAAAGAAAAGCCGUUUUUCACUUGAACUCUUUGGGGUUUUGCAUCGGAUGCCUUGUGAGAGAAGCAACGAAUGUUGAAAUAUGUGUUAAGAAGAUGAUUCGAUGUGAGAAUCCCGACAUACAGGUGGAGUUUAUUAAAAAAGCUAGUUACAAAAACGACAUGGUAAAUUCAUCGUGAAUUUAGCAGCAUACGUGUGAGACUAACCGACGGACAGCAGGGGUAUUGAAUUUGAAUGAACAAUAGUAUAUGUCAGAGAUCAUUGGUUCGGCAGAUGAUGAAGUACUCUUGACAAUAUGUAGAAUAGAUAGAGAGAUUAGCAUUUAGCAAAUAAGUGUGUAUGCAUAUGUAAUUUGAAAAGAAACAUGAUUUAAUGAAAGCUUCUGGUAACAAACUACAUGAGCUUAAACGUUUGAAGACGAAAAGUUUUUUUUUCA